AUCGCCAGUGUGUCUUGCAUUCUGCUCUCUCUCUCUCUCACUCUGCUUUUUUUCUGCAGUCUCCCUUCCCGAGCUCAUUUACAAUGCAAUGCUUACAGUGUAGCGUGGCUCUGCAAUUUGCAAAGUGAUCUUUGCUUGCAUGGCAACAUGUUUGUGCUGGUGCAAUGCCCAGGGUGGUGAUUUUGCGGGGAUACUCCGGCUGUGAGGAUCGGUGAGGGUGUUGCUGGUGUCUGAUGCCGUGGAGAGUGCAGCCAGCGCCUCGCUCUGCCUUGCUGUCUCCUUCCCUUUCUCUCUUCCUGUCUCAUGCUGCUGCCUUAGACAGCCCCGGACACACCACCUGCCUGGAUGGACGCACAAGGAGGGGCAGGUACCCCAGAACCCAUCAAAGAUGCGCAGAGCCUGCUGAAGCCCUCUGGUUCGGGCGACCUGGCCGCAGAGCAGAGCCACAGCCCUCCGGGAGAGGAGGGGGGGAUCCCCAUUCCCAACUCCGGGCUGCUGCAGGUCGCUGAGAGGCGGCAGCCCCUGAGCAGCGUCUCAUCGCUGGAGGUGCACUUUGACCUCCUGGACCUCACAGAGCUCACGGACAUGUCGGACCAGGAGCUGGCCGAGGUCUUCGCUGACUCGGAUGAGGAGAACCAGAAUGAGCCCCCAGCAAGCCACCAGCCUCCUCUUCCUCGCUGCGGGUACCUGCGCUCCCCCUCCUGGACACGGGGCAAAGGGGAGCAGCCCCGGGAGAGGAAGAACCCCAGCGACUCGGAGAACACAGAGCCCUUCCUCAAGAUGGACCGGCCCAAGCAGCCCUGAGUCCGUCACCGGCCAGCACAAGCCAGGACUGCCCCCACCAACCCAUGGUGCUAAAGAGAUAUUGCUGUUGAAUGCUGUGCACUGUAAACUAAUAGAAGCCAAGCUAGGAGUGGACACCUAUAAAUACAUACACAUGUGUCGCUGUGAGGGAUUUUAUUAGCACAUCCUUUGUGUUCACGGGCUGCACUUUCACUGAUGUUUUCCGUACUGGGAUUUCGUUGGCCUUGGCCAGUUUGGAUGAAAUGGUUACCUUCGUGAACCCUGAGCUUGGGAAGCCUUGUGCCCCAAAAGCAACAUCCUGCUGGAGAGAACAUGGCAGAAAUAGGUUUAACGCACAACCACUCAAGUCAAGACCACCGUCCCUGCUUGUACGCAGGAAUCAUAACAAUGUGAAAUGUCCCUUAGCGAUAUUCUUUCAGCACUGAGAUGUUGAUGUACUGUACAACGUGAAGACCAUAAGCUCACUAACAGCAGGAAACUUCCUGCAGUGCUUUGCUGUAACUUAAUGUGUAAACCACAAGCCUAUAAUUUGCUGCCUUUCAAGUAAUUGUAUCUAUGGUUUCCCCAAAUGACUAACUGCUACUGUAGCACAAGGAACCAAAUUACUAAUGUUAUAACGAGAUGUCAAAUCCUUUUUUCUCUCUCUCGGUUGUGAAACAGGGUAGGACUGAUGUGAACCCAUUGUGGUUUCAUAGGUCAUAUCUAUCACAGGCAAAUCUGCCUGCCUAUGCGAAUGGACAGCUGACAUAACUAGUCCCUCACUAAUAAUACAUGAAACACUGGAUCUGACAUUCAAUAAAGUACAUUCAAGUAAAAAAAGCUUUGCCUGGAGU